AUGGAUCGCGACCGCUCCUCCCGCCGGGACCGCGACCGCGACCGCGACGACGACCGCUCCUCCCGCCGCGACCGGGACCGCGACGACGACCGCCACGCCGCCCGCGACCGCGACCGCGACGAGGACCGCCACCGCCGCCGCCGCCACGACGGCGACGGCAGCCACCACAAGUCGCGCGACGCCGAGGACGACCGCCGCCACCACAAGCGCGGCGCCGACGACACUUCCGCUGCUGCCGUCGCCGACGAAGACCGCCGCCGCGCGCGCAGGCGCCGCUCGCGCUCCCCCUCAGAGUCGUCCCCGCCCCCCGCGAAGCGCGACCGCUCCUCGAGCCGCGCGCCGCGGGACUCCGCGGACCCGGCGGACCGGGAGCAGCAGCCCCCGCCCCCGCCGUCGACGCGGAAGCGGAAGGAGCACGACAGCGGGGGCCGCCGCGACGGCGAGGAGCCCGCCGACCGGGAGGGUGGGAAGAGGGCCAGGGCCGCGGCGGUGGAUCCGGCCCCGCGGACGGAGGAGAGGCCCAGGCGGGAGCGCAGGAGGUUCGAUGACGGAGAUGAGAAUGGUGAUCAGAAGAGGGGCAGGGACGGUUCGUCUCGUGAGCACAAGAAGGUAGAGCCUGGUGCUAAUGGAGACUCACACGGCGGCGCAGCGCCUAAUGUUGGUGCACAGCAGCCGCUUAAUUCUGCACCUGCUGUUGCGGUGCCAUCUGCUGAUCCUGUUGCUUCAAAGGUAUCCUCGAUUACUACCACCAAUGAAAAUGGGGGAGUUAGUAUUAGAUCUGAUCAAGUUACUGGAAAAUCUAGUACAGAUGGAACUCCAAAUUCAGCCGCUGGCAGAAGUAGUAACUUAAGUCUUGAUGCUUUAGCCAAAGCUAAAAAAGCUUUGCAACUGAAGAAGGAACUUUCAGAAAAACUCAAGAGGUUAUCUGGGCUUAAUAAUAAACUUGGUACUGCUCUUUCUGAUGCGCAAACUCCUAAGAAAGAAACCCAGCCUGUUUCUGGCUCAAGUGCGUCUUCAGGACAUGCUGGUGCGGCUUCUGAACUGCCUGCUAGUAUUGCAUCUGGGAUGGCAGCAGCUGCAGCUGUUGCAGCUGGUAUUUCAGGCCUUACCAACAUUCCCAAUUUGGAUGCUGUGAAGCGAGCACAAGAACUUGCUGCUAGUAUGGGAUUUCGCCAGGAUCCACAGUUUGCACCUGUUAUCAACAUGUUCCCUGGCACAUCCAGUGAAUUAGCUGUUUCUCAAAGACCCGCCAAGGCUCCUGUUCUCCGUCUUGAUGCUCAAGGUAGGGAAAUUGAUGAGCAUGGGAAUGUUAUCAGCAUGACCAAGCCAAGCAGUCUGAGUACUCUGAAGGUCAACAUUAAUAAGCAGAAGAAGGAUGCGUUCCAGAUUAUCAAACCUGACCUGGAGUCACUUGCAAAAUCUACUGUUCAUUUUGAUGAAAGGAUGGGCAUCAACCCAACCAAGCUCCUUCGUCCUAAAAGGCCAGGAUUCAUAUUUGUUGAGGAAGGCAAGCUUACGAGGCAGGCUGAAUUGCAGAGGAUUAAGAGUCAAUUUGGUGAUGCACAAGCUAAAGAGCUUAAAGUAAAACAAGCUCAACUUGCUAAGGCGAAGGUCGAAGUAGACAUGAAUCCAAACCUAAUUGAAAUUGCUCCGGGCGGAAGGCCUCCAAAGCAAAAGCAGAAGGAAGAGAUUCCUGACAUUGAGCCAUGGGACUCGAAAAUUUUAAUUUCUGCCACGUACGAGGAUGACAUCUCUUUGGAAAAGCUUAAUAUGGAUAGGAUAACCAUCUACGUAGAACAUCCAGAGCCAUUGGAACCACCUGCUGAGCCUGCACCACCACCGCCUCAGCCUCUUAAGCUGACUAAGAAGGAGCAGAAGAAGCUCAGAACACAGAGGCGCCUCGCAAAGGAAAAAGAUAGGCAAGAAAUGAUUAGGCAAGGCCUCUUGGAGCCACCAAAGCCCAAGGUCAAGAUGAGCAACCUUAUGAAAGUACUGGGUGCAGAGGCUACACAGGAUCCAACACGUAUGGAGAUGGAAAUACGAACAGCUGCUGCAGAGCGUGAGCAGGCUCACGUGGAUCGCAAUAUUGCCCGCAAACUCACACCAGCAGAGCGCCGUGAGAAGAAGGAGAGGAAGCUUUUUGAUGAUCCUAACACACUAGACUGGAUUGUUUGUGUGUACAGAAUCAGAGACCUGUCACACCCUCAGACACGCUUUAAAGUUGACGUGAAUGCUCAAGAGAACCGGCUGACUGGUGCUGCAGUUAUCGCAGAUGGUAUAAGUGUUGUGGUUGUGGAAGGAGGGAAGAAGUCAAUCAAGAGGUACAAUAAGCUGAUGCUGAACCGGAUUGACUGGGCUGCUGCAGUUGGUGGCGAGGAUGACGCUGAGGACGAACCAGACAAGCCGGUGAAUAGCUGUGCAUUAGUAUGGCAAGGUAGUGUUGGGAAGCGCACCUUUACCAAGUUCAGUGUGCAUCAGUGCCGGAGUGAGGCUGCUGCCAAGAAGGUGUUUGCAGAUGCUUCUGUUCCACACUACUGGGACCUGGCUGUCAACUUUUCGGAAGAUUCAUCUUGAGCUCAUCUUCUGUUCAAUUCAUGGAGGGUAAUUGCUGCGGAUUGCUCUACUAGUCACAUGCAGGUUGUGAGGCUGCCUUACGUGCAAAAGCGUACUUCUAGUACUGGACCGAGUAGUACUUUGAAUUGUUACGGACAUUUCAUUUCCAGACUGUUCAUAUGCUUGUUGGACCGAGUAGCACUGCUUACGUUAUCUAGACACUGAACACAUGGAAGAGCUGUUGGAAUUUUGCGGUAUAUCUUUCAGAUGUAUCUAGUCAGUCAUAUCAGUUUAAGAGCUCCGGCUGCGCAGGCCUUGCAUACUGUUAUGUUGCGAAUUGAUUCUAAGGAGUUGUGUCCGAUGCUAGUUUGAAUAAGUUGCUACACACUGUUUUUGAUGAAUGCUGUUGUGAUCUCUAAACUAGUAAUGAUCGAAACUUCUUUUCUGUUCAUUCAUAUUCAUGCUUGUAUAUUCUUUGAGUUAUCUUAUGUGACUGCAUUUUUGUUCCUGCAUUGUAUAUAUAAGGAUUAUGAUGUGGAUAUUA